AUGGCUUCGCCGCGCCGAUCAGAAGCCGACCCCGCCAGCCCGGUACCCGGGCCGGGUUCGGGGCCCCCAUCCCCACCUCAUCCCGGUCCCGAUCCGGCCUGGCAAAUAUCAAGAAUCACGUCGGCAACAGCAGCAUCCCAAUCGCCACCACCACCACGCCAACGGACCACGGAACCACCCACCACCGCCUCCAUCCCCCGCACCCUCUGGCGCCUCACCAUCCCGCUCUACAUCACGCACCCCUCCCUCCCUAAUACGCCCUUCAUAACCUCGCUCCCGCGGGUAUCCUACCUAUCUCUGCUCCUCCCCCGGAUCCGCGCCUUCCUCCCGCCGUCCACCCCGGUCCCGACGAGCUUCCACCACGAGGGGAUCGCGCUGCGCGCCCUGCCGCUCGGCUUGCUCGUCGACCUCUACCAGCCGGCGCUCCCCUGGCGCCUGACGGUCCAAGAAGGGGACGACUGGCACGUGGGCGAUACGUUCCUCAACGGCGUCAAGGAGGCCGACUUUGUGCGCAACGGACACGCCAAGCAGAUCAUGGGCAUGAGCAAGGCCGACACCACCGCGCUGUGGAACGCCGUCCGCGACGCCGACUACCCGGCUUGGGCCCGCAUCAACGCCCGCCUGCUCAACCCCAGCACCCCGAUCAAGCACGUGCCGCUGCGCAUCUACAUCCCCAGCAGCGGCGGCGGCAACGGUGGUGCUGGUACGGGGGGAGCGCCGCCCGCUGGGUCUUUUAGGGUCAUGCAGACCCUCGUGCCGCCUAAGAUGGCAAAUCGCACGCCGCAGACUCUAGGCCCGACGCUACGUGACCUGCUCCCAGCCUUAUUCCCCAGCAGCAGGGAUCCAGUUCUGGCAAACGUGGUGCUUCACGGCGCCCCUGUGCCCUUUUCCGCGCCGCUGGAGGGUCUGAUGCGCGAGGCCGCCUAUCCCGACGGCUGGCUUUGUUUAACCGUAGUGCCAUUAUGA